AUGGCUAAAAAGAAAAUAGAGGUAUUUGUAGAUAUAAAUAACGAACAUGAAUUUGAAUAUAUUCUCGAGCAUAAUUUGGACAGACUAAUUUGUGUCAAUCUAUUUUCAUCAUUUGCUGGACCCUGUACAGCGUUGGAUCAUUUAUUCGUCAGAAUAAAACUCGAUUGGGGAGAUGGAAAAGUAGUUUUAUUGCGAAAUCACAAAAUAACAAGGGUAUUUCGUGGCGUAGACUAUAUUAACUUUGCUGAAGUUGCGAAAAAAGAAAUAGAAUACUUUAAAUUAGAGCAAGAAGGUAAUAGAGUUGACCGAGAAACUUUUGAAUUAGAUGAGGCGUCGCUGGAAGAACAGGAAUGGCAUAAGAAACGUGCACUAGAAAAACAAAAAGAUGAAGAAUCCUUUGAAUUUCAACGAAAACAACGCCAAAUAGCCCGAAAGCGCCACAGAGCUGAGUUAAUGGUGCCGCAUUUACACCAUCUUAACUUCGUGCUAUACUGGCCUCACGCUGUCCGCGCGCACCCGGAAUUGUACGAACGAUGGGAUGAAAACAAUAUAAUAAUGAUUGGUCGUGAAGAUAUAUAUUUGACUAAGGAAAUGGCGGAAGAUGUGUUUUAUGCAGGCGAUGCUCCCCUAAAUGAAGCAUCUCUAUAUAUGUUACUUUCUGGUCCAGCGCUAGCUAUAUGUUUUAGAUUGCUCGAUUUGGAUAAGCAUUUUGUUUCUUUGGUACGUAAAAUUCUAUAUGAAGAAAUCCCAUCAUUGGAUGAAAACAAAUCUUCGGAUAGCCAGAGUAAUAAAACUGCAUUUGAUAUGUACAAGACUUAUAGUCCAACUAGGGAGGAUGUUUGGAAAAAACGUCGGGAAGAUAAGUUGAGGAAAAGAGAAGAAGUAAAAGAACAACGAGCUAGAAGAUUAUCAGAGAUGCAACGUUUAGCAAGGCAAGCUAUUGAAGAUGCUGUUCUAGCAAAGAGAGCUCUAAAGGAGCAGCGAAAGCUUGAACUUCUUAAAGCCGGAAAUUUAACAGCUUUAGACAGGCUCCGCCAAGAACCUGAAGAUGAUAAGGUGGAUAUAGUUGUUCCAGAGGAGUUAUCUGAUGAAGAAGAAGAAAUAAGUGAAGAAGAAGACGAAAAUGAAUACUUUCCACCACCAGGUCUUCUUAUACCAGGGUUCUAUUCCCCGCCUAAUGAUAUUGCAAAGGCUAAUGGACUUGCAAUUUUAUUUCCUAAUAUGGGAAUUUUCCAAGCAAAAAAUCUGGAGGAUGCUGCACAUCUCGCGUACAGUGUUAAACAAUUUGAGACUAUGAAGCAAAUACAUAACUUGGAUCAUUUAAAACUGGCUUUCAUGGUGUCAACGAAAAGUGAUCUAGCCCUGUUGGAGCUAACCGAUAUAGGGCCAGUACAUGUGAGCAGAGACGAAAGAAUUGGUGAAGUAGAAUGCGCAAUGUUGUUUAGCGUAGAUUAUGGUGAUAAUUAUCCAGAAUUUGACGAUUUUAAA